AUGGGUAUCCUCAACCUUAUCAUGGACACCCACCACCACCUACUCUUCAUCAUCCACCAUCACGUGGACAUGCACUGCCAAUUCAAACAUCACCCUCGCAUGGACAACCGCCGCCUACCCAUUGUCCUCCACUAUCACAUGGACAUCCACCACCGAGCCACCACAUUCCACCUCAUUAUCCACUUCCUACUCAAACAUCACCCCCUUAUGGCUAUCCGCCACCCCCUUGUGGACGUCCACCACCCACCCAAACACCACCCUCUCCCUCUCACAAGUAUCCUCCACCUUCUCAUGGACACCCACCACCUACUCAUCAUCCUCCACCAUCACGUGGACAUGCACCACCAACCCAAACACCACCCUCGCAUGGACACCCAUCACCUAUCCAUCGUCCUCCAUUAUCACAUGGACAUCCACCACCGAGCCACCACGUUCCACCUCAUUAUCCACCUCCUAUUCAAACACCACCCUCUUAUGGCUGUCCGCCACCCUUUUAUGGACGUCUGCCGCCCACCCAAACAACAUCCUCCCUCUCACGGGUAUCCUCCACCUUCUCAUGGACACCCACCACCUACUUAUCAUCCUCCACCAUCGCAUGGACAUCCACCGCCAACCCAAACACCACCCUCUCAUGGAUGUACACCACCCACCCAAAAACCACCCUCGCAUGGACACCCACCACCUACCCAUCGUCCUCCACCGUCACAUGGACAUCCUCCACAGAGCCACCACAUUCCACCUCAUUAUCCUCCACCUUCUCAUGGACACACACCUACCUAUCAUCCUCCACCCUCACAUGGAUAUUCACCACAUCGCCACUAUCCUCCACCUUCUCAGCAUCCACCGCCCAACCAUUUUCCUUCACCCUUUCAUCAUCCACCAUCCUCACAUAGACAUCCACCACCCAGCUUAACACCACCCUCUUCCAAGUGUCCUCCAACCUCACAUGGACGUCCACCACGUAUCUAUAAUCCGCCACCCUCACAUGAACAUCCACCAUCUAUGCAUUAUCUGCCACCUAGAUUAGCACCACUUUCUCAAGGGUAUACGCCACCUUCUUGAGGCCCACCCACCCAAGCAUCGCCCUCUCAUGGAU